CAAACCUCUUCCAAACAGUGGUAUACCACCCUUACAAAAAUGACCGACUUUAAAAUUGCCAUUGAAAGAAUCAACUCAUUGCAAACGAAUGCUUCUCUACUCGAGAAACUGAGAAAAGCAGGCCCGCGCGCAAACGAAUUAAGUCUGCCUGAAAUGAGAGACUACUUUAAACGUAUUGGCUACGAGGUCAAAACUUUCGAUAAAUUGAACGUAAUUCACGUGACAGGAACCAAAGGAAAAGGUUCUACUAGUGCAAUUACCCAGUCUAUCUUGCGUAAUUGUUCGGACGAGAAGCCUAUCCGAACCGGUCUAUUUACCUCUCCUCAUCUCAUUUCUGUUCGUGAGAGGAUCAGAAUCAACGGCGAGCCCGUGAGCGAGGAGCUGUUUGCAAAGUAUUCCAACGAAGUGUGGGAUAGACUAGAAAGUACAAAGGAAGAAGCAUUGAUAAAGGCCGGUCUGAGUGAGAAGGAUUUAAAGGCUUCUUUGAGAGACCAGAGACAGCACCCAGAUAAGCCCAUAUACUUCCGCUACUUGACUUUGGUGGCUUUCCAUACAUUUAUUCAGGAAAAGGUUGAUGUUGCUAUCCUUGAAGUUGGUGUCGGUGGAGAGUAUGACUCUACAAAUGUUGUGGAGCGUCCUGUUGUAUGCGGUAUUACAGCAUUGGGAUUGGAUCACGUUGGUGUUUUGGGUCACACUAUUGAUAAAAUUGCAUGGCACAAGGCUGGUAUUAUCAAGAAUCACGUUCCUGCUAUUGCAUUCGAGCAACUUCCUGAGGCCAUGCAAGUAAUUGAAGAAAGAGCUAAAGAGAAGGAGGCUCCAUUACAAGUCUUGCACGCCCGUGAUAUUGAUGCUUUGAAGGACGUAGAAAUUGGAUUGGCUGGUGUUCACCAAAAAUACAACGCAUUGACUGCUAUUGCACUUUGCAAGAUCUGGUUGAAGCACUGUCGUCAAAUUGAGCUUACAGAGACUGUUCCGGCUGGAUUCAGAAAGGGUCUCGCAAAUGUAAAGUGGCCUGGACGUGGUCAACAGCUUUGCGCGACAGAAACAAAGUAUGCUUCCCAAAUCCCCAACCCCCGAGACGUAACAUGGUAUCUUGACGGUGCCCAUACCCUCGAGAGUCUCCAAGUGUGUGUAGACUGGUUCAGACAAGUAGCAAAAGACAAGAAGGAUAUUAAGGAUGUGUCUCGAAUCUUGGUAUUCAAUACCUCAAACGGCAGAGACGGGCCAAACUUGUUGCAAGUUAUUUCUAAAAUACAGUCAUUUGUUGGAUUUGAUCAUGUAAUCUUUACAACCAAUAUGACAUACCGGGAAGGUGACUCGGCAGACAAUACCAACUACACAGUCUCUAUGGCUGAUGUUUUAUCCAUGCAGGCAUUGUUGGCAGAGAGCUGGGUAAAACAAGUCCCUUCAUUCAAUGCUGAAAAUGUUCAUGUUGUUGGAUCACUUGAAGAGGCAACAGAGUGGAUAGUCGAUUACGCCAAAUCGGCACCUGAGACUAAGAAGGUUCAGAUAUUAGCCACUGGCAGUUUGAUUAUGGUUGGAAAUACUCUUACUGUGCUUGGAAUUACACCACAAUAAGAUCACUAUCUUAUACAACCACCACCAACCACGUCAACAUAAUGAACCGAAUAUGAUGAGAUAGCCGAAAACAAAAGGAAAACAAAAGAUAUCAAUUCCGCAUGUGCGUGAAGUAUACAUGCCCUACUUCGAUACACAUGCUCUAUACUUAUAUUUAUCAUUAUUAUUAUCAUUAAUUGAAUGACAAAAAGAAGACUUGUCUAAAAGCUUACAACAAUGUACAUACAAAUUAUCAAGCCGUAUAUAUAUAUAUAUUUACAAGUAAAAUAAAAUUUGGAAAUUAUUAACUG